AUGCGCCCCUUUGCCCUUUCGCGCAGCUUAAAAGGGAUUUUCUCCCCCAGAAGCCCAAUUGCACCCGCAUUGACCGUUCGCCCGAACUCCCGAGCCUUCUACAACAAGUUUAACCCUCGCAUCGAGCUAUCCGAGUUCUUCAGUCGAGUACAAUGGCCGACGACAAAGGCGGAGGAGGCGGAGCUGGUGGAAGGCGUAAGAACCGCGAUAUGGGAAGGUCGGCUUGGAGAUAAAAGAGAGCGCACUGAGCGACAAGCCGAGGCCAAGCGCCGGAAGAUUGAAAACGGCGAAGAAAUCAAGGCACCCAUAUACGCGACCGAGUUCUCCAAGGAGGAAAUUGCCAACGAGGAGCGGCGGCCGAAAAAGAAGGUCGCGGUCCUGCUGGGAUAUUCUGGAACUGGAUACUAUGGCAUGCAACUGAACGAGGACCAGAAAACUAUCGAGGGCGAUCUAUUUGCGGCUUUCGUCGCAGCUGGAGCGGUCUCCAAGGCUAACGCGUCGGACCCCAAGAAAUCGUCAUUCGUGCGCUGCGCCCGUACCGACAAGGGUGUGCACGCUGCCGGAAAUGUUGUGUCGUUGAAAAUGAUUGUCGAGGAUCCCGAUAUUGUCCAGAAGAUCAACGAGAAGCUCAGCCCCCAAAUCCGUGUCUGGGGUUAUGAGCUUACCACUGGUGGCUUCAGUUGUUACCAGCUUUGUGACUCUAGAGUUUACGAGUACUUGAUGCCGAGUCAUUGUCUUUUGCCUCCCCACCCUAGCACCUAUAUUGCCAAGAAGAUCGUCGAGUAUGCCGAGAAAAAGGGUGAUCUGGAUGCCGUGAAGGCCAGGCAAGAGGAGGUUGCGGGCUACUGGGAAGAGGUUGACGAGAAGUACAUCAAGCCUAUCUUGGAAAGCGUCCCGGAGGAUAUUCGUCAGGUCGUUGAGAAGUCUCUGUACCUUGACGAAGAAAAUGAAGGGGCCACGGAGAAGGAGGAAAAGGAGGAGAAGGAGGAAGACUUGUCCGCACUGCCAGAGGAGCCCGAAGAGCCCUCAACAGAGAAGAAGCCUUUCGUGAUGGAUCCUCGCCAGCGCCAAAUUCUCGACACCAUCAAGGCAAUCAAGACAGCCUACACUACCGCCAGACGCACAUACCGUGUGCCUCCGUCGCGCGUCGCUCGCUUGCAAGAGGCAUUGAGCCGCUACGUCGGUACCAAGAACUUCCAUAACUACACCAUUCAAAAGACCCAUAACGACCCAUCUGCCAAGCGGCAUAUCAAGUCAUUCAAUGUCAACACGACCCCGAUUGUCAUCAACGGCACCGAGUGGCUCAGCUUGAAGGUACACGGUCAGAGUUUCAUGAUGCACCAAAUCCGCAAGAUGGUAGCCAUGGCGACGCUCGUCGUUCGCUCCGGCUGUCCUGCCGAUCGCAUUGACGAUACCUACGGCCCCCACCGCAUCGCCAUCCCCAAGGCCCCUGGACUGGGACUUUUGCUCGAACGGCCCAUCUUCGACAGCUACAACCAAAAAGCCGAGGGCCUGGGUCGCCAGCCUGUUGCCUUUGACAAGUUCACCAAGGAAAUGGAUGAGUUCAAGCAGCGGGAGAUUUACGAUCGCAUUUUCCGCGAGGAAGAAGAGUCUGGAUCGUUCGGCUCGUUCUUCAACCACAUCGACCACUUCCCUGGGGACUACUUCCUCUAUGUUACCUCUGGCGGAGUUGAAGUGGCUGAAAUUGUGUCUGCUCCUACCGAAAAAGGUGUCCCGAAGAAGGAGGCUAAUGACAAGACCGGGAAGUCUCAGAAGGAGGCCUUGGCUGAAGUUGAAUCCGAUCCGGAAGAUGAGGGCAAUCUUCCUGGAGGCGAAGAGGGCAAUUAA